AUGAAGUAUAAGUUUAGACACGUUUCUUUCGUUCAUUCUUUAGUUAGCCAGUUUAUUAUCAGUUCAGAAAACACUUUCGAUGUAAGAUCGAUUUUGGAAUAGAAUUAUCGCUGAAAUGCAUUUGAGGUUGUAAGGUAUUUGUUACCUGUAAGUGCCAUUUUAGAAGCUAUUGUUUCAUUGAGGACGGACGUGACUUUUGAAUUCAACUUCUCUGUUCUUUCAAUGCGACGUUGCCAUACAGAUGUUGAGUACAGUACCUUUUCAGUACAGUUCUUUUAUAAGGCAUGUGAUCAACAACUGGGUAGGACGUGGUUAUACAGUUAUGUAUACGGGGAUUAACAAAACAAACAAAAGCACAAACAAGGGAGACAGAAGUGAUGAAAGGGAUGAAGAUAGGGAUGGAGUCUAUGUCUGUCACACCAAAGGAGUGCCGAAAGGUCACAUUGAAGGGGAAAUCAAUAACUGAACGCUGUCCUCAUAGACGUGGUACAGUGGAAAACAUGUCUUUUUGGAGUGAGGAACGUAUCCAUAUUACCAGAACAUUGACGUGACAUACGUGUCAAUACUACCAGAACGUAUAUAUCUCCACCCCGGGGAUGCCAGGUAAGAAUUGAUAUCCAGCAACAUACGAGUUUCUAGCCGGUAUUGGUGAACCAACACAGAUCCAUGGCUACAUAUUGCUAAACACAAACUGGAUCUGCUUCAAAACAACGUGAAGAAUCACGAAAGAGGAUGAACCUGACGUGUUUCUGAUCAGAAGUCAGAAGUCGUGGAGCCCAGAGUACUGAGGCCUUUGUCAUGCCCAGUUCACGCCUCAGAAUGUUCUUACAUCUUUCAUGAGAGAUGCCUUGUAUUGGCCAUUUGACGAGGGAUUGGUCGUCGAUCAUCCAUAAUCAUAUCAUGCAUUUAUCAGCAUUUUCCACAGUGGUUGCAGUUGAACGUCUUUCGGAUCUUGGAUCAUCUUCGAGUCACUCCUUUCAUAUCUUGAACUCCGCUGCCCAACUCUCAGCAAUGGCAAAAGGAAAUCAUCUUCUAAAGUUGACGCCAUUUUGCAUGAAUGUGCAGUGUCAUCUGUCACCAGGCGAUAGAUCAAGAGUCAUUGACCGUUCACGUCAAUACAAUCUCAAUCGAUGAAUAUACUCAUAUAAGUAGGACGAAUGUACCGUCAACUGCGCACUGUGAUCACACGCUUUUGGAAGGAUCGUCUCCUGUAAACAGAGAGAAACCCCCUCAAUACAUCAUGUAUAUGCAAGUAUUCGUUCUUCUACUCCUGGUCACCUUGACCCAAGGGUUUUCGGACGGUGGUCAGAUUGAAACGGAAACAAACAAAUGGGGGACUGAUAUUUUCUAUUGUACUUACCAUGGUAUUAAGUUCAUGCCCGGAUCGAUGUGGAAAACAACGGAAUGCGAACAGUGUUCGUGUUUUGACGACGGAUUGUUCUGUGAGGGAUUUGGAUAUGCGGCGGGGGCAUUUGAUGCACCUGAAGGCUGUGAGGUUGUCAAUGAUGGAUGUGAUCCUAGAAUGGUGGAUGCUGAGGAUGCGCUGAAGCCCUGUGUGGCAAAGUGAAAGUUGCCAACCUGUCCUUUAUGUACAAUGUAAUGCAGUCACGAAGCAGAUAAACAUGGAAUACCC